AUGGACAGCCAUCAAGAAGAAUUACAACUGAAAAUAGCGGAAAUAUUAGAAAUUACACCAGAUGGAAAAGAUAUUAAUCAAACAGAAACAACUAAGCAUCAAACUCCUCUUAUUAUUAAAGGGUUAUCCAAUAAAAAACCAACAACAGAAAAUGUUGAGACAAAUUUAUUAUUUGACUCAUUAGAUACUGAAGGAAGAGAUUUGAUUGAUAUUUAUCAAAUCAGAAAAUAUCUCGAGUUAUCAUCAGUCGAAAAGAAACCAAUUUAUUUGUUAGAAAAAGAUAUUCGACAAUACUUAAAUGAAAUGACAUCAUUAUCAAAACCAUAUUGUGUUAAAAGGAGUGAAUUUGAACUAUUUCUUAAAUAUAUUAAGGAUCGUCAAAAUGAUUUAAAUGAAUUACAACAACCUUGUUCAUUAUUAAAGGCUUAUUCUAAAUUUUAUUCUAAAUUCCAAAUACUUAAAGAGAGUGAUGAAAAACCACCUCAUUUAAUUCAAAUAAAACGUGAAGAUUUACCAAGUGAACUUGAUAAAUAUCAUAAUCUUGUCUGUCGUGUUUUAUUUAAACAACCAAAAUGGUUAAAUACUAAUAAACAAUGGAAUGGAAUUAUUCCUAAUGAUUAUUUUAAUUCAAAAAGAUUUGAAAAUACUAUUUCACAAAGAUUACCAGUUCCAUUACUUAGAAGAAGAAAUGUUUCACAAGAACGUCCAGAAUUAUUAUUUGAAUUAUUUAAUCCAUUAUAUCAAUAUAAAGACCCUGCAAUUAGUCUUGCUGGUAUUCGUCCAAUAAAUGAAUUAACAACAGAAUUACCUAAAUUACAUGCUGUUCGACUUAAAUCUAUUUCAUUUGGAGGAGAAGAUGCACCAGAACCAUUAAGAUUUAUUCUUAGUGUUUAUGAUUCAAAUUCAAGAGAAAAGAUUACUGAAGAUCUUGUGAUUGAGAAAAUGGAGAGAGUACAUUUGAUGUAUUUUUUAAAAGGACAAAUUAAAGGAAGUGAUAUAAUUUUAGUAGUUCGAGUAUUAAGAAAAUCAGGGGAUGAUAUAGUACAAGCAAGAGAAUUAUAUGCUAAAGGAUUUGAAGAUAAAAAAGGAAAGAAAAAAAUGAUAGAAAGAAAAUAUGGAAAUUAUUGGCAACAAUUAAUGAUUGGAUUUGUUUCAUUAAAAGGAGAAUUAGAAAAGAAAAAUGGAAAUUUGCCAGUUCAAUUUUAUAAAAUAGAAACAGAUAAUGAAAAUAUAUGGGAUGUUUAUCAAAGUCAAUUUAAAGGAAAAAAACAAAUAGAAAGUGCUAAAGCACAAUUUGAAUUUAGUGAAUUUGAUUCUGAUAUUCAAUUAAUUAAUGGAAAAUAUAAAUUUGGAAAGAAAAAUGAAGGAGAUAGUGCAAUUGUAUUAGAUAAUUUAUUAAUGAUAAAACAAACAGAAGAUUUAUUAUAUGAUUAUUAUAACAGAUUAUAUAUUUAUCCAUUAGAAAUUUCAUUUGGGAAAGAAAAAAAAAGAAAUCCAAUGGUUGUUAGUGUACAAUUAAUGAAUAAUGGAAAACCAGUUAAAUCAUUUUAUAAAAUUGAUAAAAUUUCAUUUGAAGAUAAUAAUAUUAGUUCAUUAAGUGGAAGUAAACAAAUACAAUUUAAUGAUGAAUUUAAAUUAGAAUUACCAUUUCCAUUAAAUGAAAAUUAUCAACUUAUUUUUAAUGUUCAAGAAAUUCAUGAAGGAAAUUCAAUAAAAAAAGAAUUAUUUGGUAUUGUAAAAUUAUAUGAAAAUGGACAUAUUGCAAUUCAACCAGGAAAACUUACAUUACAAUUAGCUUCAAGUAUUGAACAAGCAAUGAAAUAUGAUGAAGAAAAUAAAAAAAGUUUAACAGUAUUUUUUAAUCUUUAUUCAACAGUUUAUCCAAGUAGUCCAAUAGCACAUGAUGCAAUUAAUAAAUUAGUUAAUGGUAAAAUUGAUAAUACAUUUAAUCAAAUACCAUUAAUUGAUAUUAUUCAUUUUUUACCUCAUAUUCUAACAUCUUUUUUAGAAAGUAAAAUGGUACCAAAUAAAGAUGUUUUAUUUAUAUUAAUGAAAACAAUUUGUGGACAUUGUAAUUCAUCAGAAAAAAGAAAUCAAACAGUUGAAACAUAUAUUACUCACUAUUGUUCAUUUGAAACACAAGAAAUUGCACUUAAUUUAAUUAAAACAUGUAAUUUAAUAUAUAAAUUUGAUGAAAUAUCUCCACAAACAGAAAUAUUUAAACAUUGUUGGUUAGUAUUAGAAUUAUUAAGAAAAUCUAUUCAACAAACUGGUGCUGAUGAAAAUUUUUGGUCAAAUGCAAUAAAUUUUAUUAAAACAUUUGGAGAUACUAUUAGAGGACAUGUAAUUAAAAAAGAAAUUUUAGGUAUGGAAGAAGGAAAUGCACAUAUGUCAUAUUUUAUAAGAACUCUUAUUGAAAUGGGAUAUAAAGCAGAAGGAAUGAAAUUAAUGGAGGAAUAUCUUAAUCAUUUAACUUGGCCUUAUGACCAACUUAAAAGAGGAAAAAAAUUAGAAUAUAAUUCUCCAGAAAUGGUUGCACUUGAAAUGAUUAAAACACAAUUUUUAGCAGUUUUUGAAGGAAGUUUAAAUUUAUAUGAAGCAUCUAAUCCAGGAAAUGUAGAUGUUAGUGAUAUUGUUAUGUUAGAUGAUUUAUUAUGGACUCGUCAUUUUCCUAUUGCAUUUUUAAUGAGACAACAUAUGUUAUUAUUAGGAAGAAGUGAAGAAAUAAAUAGAAUUUCAUUAUAUUUAAUGGUUGGACUUGUGUCUAGACUUGAUUUAGAUGCUAAUUUACAAGGACAACAAAAAGAAUUUACAGCUGCAAUGUUUUUACCUUUUGUUAUGCAAUUCUUAGAAAAUUUUGAAAAUUUUGCAAAAUGGAAAUUUGUACCAUUCAUUAAACAACAGGAAGGAAAUAAAAAUCAACAACAACAAAGAAGAAGUUUAUCAUUUAAAUUAGGAGAAAUUUCUGGAAUAAUAAAUAGUCAACUUGUUGGAUCUUCUUCACAAACAUUUUGUGGUAAUAAUGGAACACCAAUUCAAAAUGUAAGUGAUAUGGAAAUGUUAGGAUUAUUAUAUGUUUGGGUAUUAAAAAAUUUAAAUAAAGAAAUGUUAAAAGAAUGGAUAGAAAAUGAAGUUCCAAGUAGAUUAGAGACAUUAAUUAAAAUAAUGACAAGGUUUUGUUUAUUAUAUAGUUACUUUCCAUUACAAGAAACAAUUGAUGUAUAUGAAGAAAUUGAUAGAAAUAUUAAAUUAAUUGUAAAUGGAUUAAAAGAACAUAUGUAUUAUAUGGCUCCAAUGCCAAAAUUUCCUGGAAUGGAUUUUGGUGAUUUAAUAGGAAAUGUUCCAGAACAAAAAUUUGAAAUACCUGUUAUUCGAUCAUUACGACCUAUGAGAACUGAUGAUAGUUCACAUAAUAAAUUACAUAAAGUAUUAAGUACUGAAGUAGUUAAAGUAUGUCUUGAUAUGUUUAGUAUUAUUUUUGAUAGUUUAUUAAAACAAGAAUCUUUUGAACAAUUAGAAUAUUUAAAAGGAAUUAUAGCAACAAAAUUAUUUGAAGAACAUGUUGUAAAUGAUGAUGUUUUUGUAUUUGUUAAAAAUUUAUUAAUGAAUUAUAGAACUAAUAUAUUUUCUGGAAGUGAAGAUUUUUCAGUAAAAUUAUUAAGCUCACUUAUUAAAUUAUUUCAAUCAAACUCAGCUCAGUUAAGAGGAAGAGGAGUUGAAUUAUUAUAUCUUUAUAUUAAAAAUAAUUUUAUUGAAACAAAUACUAUAUCAAGAAGUAUUUCAUUAAUGGCUACUGCUGUUGUUGAGGCUGGUGAUAUUGCUGAAGAUAGGUUUAAUGCAUCUGUUGAAGCACUUGAUACAACACAUAUUGCUGAUGUUGAAAAUACUACGUUAUCAGUUAAUCAAAUUAAAAAAAAUUUACUUGUUCCUAAUAUUAAUUCAUUAAAAGCAAGAAAAACAAUUAUUAGAACAGAGUCAUUAGGAGAUAUUGAAGCAUUUGUUAUUUUACUUAAACAAAUGAUUGAAUUAAGAAUACAUCAUCUUAAAAUAUUAAAAGAAUUACCAUCAACUCCGGUUAAUGGAUAUUCAAAAAUGAUAGAAGAAAUAUUAGAAAAACCAUUUUUUAUUACUCAAGAAAUGGUUGAAGUUGUUGAAGAAAUAAUGAAAAAAUAUAGUGAUUUAAAUGUUAGUGAACAAGUAAAUAAAACAGUUGAUAUCAUGAGAAGUAAAUGGAAUGAAAUGAAAAGUUUAGAAAUAGAAAUGGUUGGUAUUUCUCAAACAAAUAAAAUAACUGAAAAUGAAGUUAAUGAACUUUGUAUUAAAGUUAGAGAUCAAUGUGCAAAAGGAAUAAUAUGGGCAUUACUUACUAUUAAAGGAGUUAUUCAAAAUGAACCUGAUUUAAAUAAAAACUAUAUCAUUAGUCAAUGUAAAACUGAAAUUUGUAAUAAAGAAUCAGAAGAACUUAUUCAACAAUAUAAAACUUCUUUAAAAAUUAUUGAAAGUAAUCCAUUAUUCCCUGUAGGAAUUAAUGAAUUUAAUGAAAUUAUUAAUGGAGCAAAUCAUGUUCAAAUAAAAUAUUCUGAAAUGAUUAAAAAAAUAAUUGAUAAUAAAAAGAAAUACCAAAUUCAAGAACAAGAAAUAAAUCAUGAAAAUGCUUCAAAUAUUCAAAUAUUAAAAGAAACACUUGAAGAAAUUAUUUUUGGAUUAGAUGAAAGUACUACUGGGAUAUGUUCUGAUCAAUUAAAAGAAUUAACUGUUCCUCAAGUAACUGAACGUGAUAAAUCAUUAAAAGGUACUUUUUGUAUUCCUUUUGAAUUUUUUGAAGAUGUUCUUCCAUUAAUUAUUACUACAUUAAGUAAAGUUGAAAAAAUUAUUGAAAAAGCUUGUAACAAUCAACAACGUCUUGAAAAAGCUGAAGAAUGGUUUAAGUUAGAAAGGUCAUAUAUCACUGAUUGUUUAAUGCUUAAAGAACAAAUUAAAACUAUUAAAUAUGUUGCUCAAAUUCCUAUUCAUGAAAAUGGAGCUGUUACACCUUUUAUGUGUGAACUUGCACAAAUUAUUAAAGAAGAUGGAACAAAACUUUCAUCAACAUUUGAAAAUUUAACAUUGAGAAGAAAACGAUUAAAUGCAAUUUUAAGUGAAGAAAGAUUAUCUCAAACAAAAACAUUAGGAAGAAGAAAAACUACAAGAAAAUCAUUAAUGAUUCAAGAUAGACAAAUGAAAUUAAUAAAUGCUGCAAACGAAGAAGAAGAAAAAAUAAAUGUUUGUGGUUGUGUUGAAGGAGAAAAUCAAAUUAUUGGAAAAAUGAUGGAUGAGAUGGAAAAAGAAAUUAAAAGAGUUGAAAAAAAAGCUGUUGUUAUUACUGAAAAAUGGAUACUUGUUGAUGAAAAAGAAAAAGGAAAAAUUGAAUUAAGAAAAGAAGCUAUUGAAUUAUGGAAUCAAUACAAAAGUCAAGGAAGAGGAAGUUGGAAUGAAUUAAAGAAACUUUUAAAUGAAGAAAUAGAUGAAGUUAUUGAUUAUGAUAAUUCUGUUGAAUUAUAUGAAGAGGAAGAUGAAUCAAAACCACCCAUUUCAUUAUCUCCAUUAACAAGAGGACAAAGUGAAAUUAGUUUAACACCUAAUUCUCAAAAACAUGAAAAUAAUACUUCUUCUAAAUGUUCAGUUAAUAAAAGAAGUUCAACGUCUGGAUUUGUAACUGUUGAAGAUUUGGUUGUAGGAAGAGAACGACAAAACACAAAAAUUUCUAAACAAGUAAAAAAACAAUAUCAUAAAUCAAAAAGUACAAUUGCUAUUAGUGGUCCUGUUACAGAAAUGGCAGUUGUACAAGACUUUAUUGAUGAAAAGUGUCAAUUUGUUGAAGAUGCAUUCAUUGAUGUUAAUUUGUAUAGACUGUCUCAAUACAAAUCAGUCAUGAGAAAAUUACAGAAAGAUAUUACUCAAAUUCUUGUUAAAUUAAAUGAUCUAAAGAAAAUUAAAGAAUCUACUCGUGAUCCAGAUGCUUAUUGUGAUAGAUCUUUCACUUUUGCACAUGGAUAUCUUGAUACUCCAAGACUCCAUUUGAAAUGGUUUGAAAAGAUUGCUGAAGAACAAAGUGUUAGACAACAUUAUGUUGAAGCUGGACUUUGUGAAAUUCAUAUGAUUUGUUUUAUUGCUUCUUUCUUAGAAGGAGGGGAAGCUUUUAAUUCAUUAAAUAAAAUUACAGACAUAGGAGAUUUAAUGAAAAAUAAACGAGGAGAAGAAGUUGAAGGUUGUACAGAACAAGUUCUUUUUAAUCAUGUAAAUUUAGCAUAUAAAUAUUUCAGCAUUAAAAAGAUUUGUGACUUAGCUGAAGCAUUACUUCUUGCUGUUAUUGAAUAUUUAAAUAAAAGAAAAGAAUAUAAAAGACUUGAUGAAUAUCAUAAAAAAUUAACAGUUAUCUAUUCUAUGAAAGAUAAACAUGAAGAAGGUCAAAAACACUUCUAUUUAGUUGGUUUUUAUGGAAACACAUUUGACAAAUUAAAUGAAAAAGAAUUUAUUUAUCAAACACAUGAAACAUAUGAUGCUUUUUCUCAAGAAAUUAAAGCCAUUGUUCCUAUUGGAAGAAAGAAUGAAGUUCAAGAAUUAAAAGAAGGUCAAUGUGCAGUUGGAUUACCAUUAGAAGAAAUUUAUAUUAGAAUUACUGAAGUUCAUCCAGUCUUUGAAAAUGAUAAUGAUUUCACUACAAAUACUUUUGCUUAUGAAUUUUUAAGAAAAGAAGGAAAUGGUGGUAUUGAUGAAACGUCUAAAAGAAGAAUUAUUUAUUGUACUAAACAACCACUUCCUUCAGUUUUAAGAAGACAACAGAUAGAGUCUAAACUAAAAGAUAGUUAUUUAUCUCCAAUAGAAACUUGUAUGGAUAAUAUUGAUAUUCUAACUGAAAAACUCCAAAAUGCUUGUGUCUAUCCAAUAACAGAAGAAUUAACAACUUCUUUAAAACAAUUACUUUUAGGUGAAAAUGGUCCAUCUAAAAUAGUUGAUGUUUUCUUAAUUCAAAAAGUUGAUAAUUUUGUACCAGAUCAAAUCAUGGAAUUAUGGGAAUUAAUAACAAAUAUGAUGAAGUGCAUUGCAACAGCUCUACCAAUACAUCUUAGAAACUUCCCAAAUAAUCCAUUCUAUGGUCAAUUUAUUACGGCUUUUAAUAAUUUAGAGAAAAUAAUUCUUUCAAUCACUCCAAAAAUUGAGUCUAUUACUCAAAAUAUUCAAGACCAAUCUAAUGACGAUUUGAUGUAA